AUGAGUAGUAUUACGAGUAGCGGUGUGGGUGCGAUUAGUAUUAUGAUUCCUGCAAGAGGGACUACAAGUAGUAAGAAUAGUAGUACGAGUGAUAUUAAGAGUAGUAUGGGUAAUAGUACAAGUAGCCCGAGUAGUAAUGCAAAUACAAAUAGUAGUGCGAGUACGAGUAGCAGCGGGAGUACGAGUAGUACUGGGAGUAUGAGUUGUAUUACAAGUAGUAGUGUGAGUAGCAGUAGAACAAAUCAAGGCUGUAGGACGCGUAUGAGAAGUAGCACGACUUCUAAGAGUUCAUUGAGAGAGAAACUCUGCCAAAGACUCUUGAAGUGCGCAGAGUUUACGGCUGUGUUCCUUUCCCCUUUCGAGAUCUCCCUCCCCAAGCGCCUCCUCUUGGACAACGCCCUUUCCACUUACUAUAGGACGCGGCUUCAGAUGAAAUGGUCAUCCGCCUGCUGGAGACACACACAAAUACCUUGCUACGAACGAGGGAACGAGGUGCAGCAUGCUAACAAGAAGGAGAAGGCUGAAAGGGAAUGCUACCGGAGGGCACAGGCUGUCUCGAAGACAGAAAUAAACUCCGCUAACAGGAUAGAAGCACUCUAUGCCCUUGCAUAUGGCUUCAAUGGCUAUAUGCAACUGGAACCUAUUAGACAGCACUAUAUAGAACAGACACAAAACUCCGUAAACUGCGAUUAUGCAACAGGAUGCGGCGCCCAGAUCCAGAUGCUGACCGGCUUCAUGUCCCCAGAAGGGAAGGGGCAGGGGCCUGACUCAGCCUGA